CAGUUUUUGUUUAAUAAGUCCCAACUUCAAUGAUGAUUUUGCUUUGAGUAGAGAGAGAUAAAAGGAGCAGGAAAACAAGAACAAUCUCACUUUCUUUUCUUUUAAUUUUUUUUUCUCUACCUUAAUUUCACUUUUGUACUCGUGUGGAACCCUGAAGACUGAAAGUUACAACCAUCUGACCACAAACAGAUUACACAUAUUCAGUAAUGGAGUUGGUGCAGAGGCCCCAUCCAUGGCCCUUCACUCUCCAUUCAAUCAAUUCCAAGCAACGCCCAUGGCUACUCAACCCUUUUUUCUAUUGAUGACGUAAGAAGGACAAUCCCCACUUACUUCUCCCAACGCACCUCCACUUGGGCCACCUCUGGAUCUUCCCAAGUCAUCGGAGAAUUUUAUUAUGCUCCAUUUCACUGCUUUUUUUUUAGCUUUGAUUCCUUUUCCCCUUUGUUGAAAAAAGGGGUUUGAUUCUUAUGGUUUUCUGUUGAGCAAUUUUUCUUUUCUCGGUUUUCUUUUUAUGCUGUGUUUGAUUUUUCCUUCCCCUUCCCCUUGCUCUCAUUUCAUUUUGAGAUUCUGCAAGUGGGUUUUGUUCUUACUCUUUUAUUUUGAAAAAGGGUUUUGGAUUAUACUUUAAUCAGAUAAAUAAAUGGGAAACGUGAAUGGGAGAGAGUAUGUAGAUGAGAGUCCAUCUGGGUCUGUAGAAGAAAAUGAUGAAAAUGAAGAAGAAGUAGAAGAAGAAGAAGAUGGUUUAAUUGUGCAUGAGGGCGUUCCCAUGGCUGAUGGGGCUCCUAUUCUAUGCCACUCGCUAGGUGUUUGUUCAAAGUUGAUGCGCGGUCAGUCUCCUCCUCAAAGCCCCACGGCCACUCGGUCGCCAUUGAUUUUCACUCCUCAAGUUCCACUCACUCCUCUACGAAAAGCGGAUGAAAUGCUCAUACAUGCCCACUCCCAAAUGCAAAGUUCCUUGGGUUUUGAAGAUACAUGCAAUGAACAAAGCAUUCCAACCAUGAUUACAUGGAGUUAUGGUGGCAAGGAAGUUGCUAUCGAGGGAUCAUGGGAUCAUUGGAGAACAAGGUUAUCUUCUUUAUUUGUACCAUCCCAAAAAAGAUCGGGGAAAGACUUCACUUUAAUGAAAGUGCUUCCUGCUGGGGUUUAUCAAUAUAGGUUUUUUGUAGAUGGACAAUGGAGGUAUGCUCCAGAGUUGCCUUGGGCCCAAGACGACAGUGGCAAUGCUUAUAAUGUUUUGGACUUGCAGGAUAACGUGCCUGAAGAUAUUGAAAGCAUCUCUAGCUUUGAACCUCCUCAGUCACCAGACUCAAGCUAUGACAAUCUACUACUUGGGUCUGAUGACUAUGCGAAAGAACCGCCAUUGGUUCCCCCACACCUACAGAGGACACUGCUUAAUUCACCGUCAACAUACAUGGAGAUUCCAACCUGUCUGUCAAGGCCACAACAUGUAGUGUUGAAUCAUCUAUACAUGCAGAGAGGGAAAGGUGGUCCAUCUGUUGUGGCACUUGGUACAACACAUCGGUUUCUGUCCAAGUAUGUAACUGUUGUGCUCUACAAAUCUUUCCAGAGGUAAAUCUUUUACCUAUCGAAUGAACUCUUCUAUUCUGGGUUUUCUGUAACCAUAAAUGUGGAAGUGCCAAUGCCAAGUUGGUUGAUAAAUUAGUUGAGGAAGAUGAAAUAUUUGGCAAACCAAGUUUGUGCUUCAGAUAGGGAAAUUCUUUCACAAACCUCCAGACCCACCAUGCCAUAUUGGUCUGAUUUGUUAUCCUCCACUUGACACUCAUUUUAGAAAGAUUUGGUUUAAUGAUUUAACAAGUCCGGGUUUGUUAAGCUUUGAGGUUGGGAAGCUUUGGAAUGCGUGUACUAUUGUGAUUUGAGUUUAUGUAGCUGAUUAGCAAAUCCAUGGCCUAGGUAAAACACAUCCUUGUAAUAAUCUAUAAAUCUAGACUUGAUUCCUUAAAUUACACCAGCCAAUCUAUUGGUUUAGCUUA